AUGCGUUUCAGCAAGUCUCUCAUCAUCAUGGUCGCCGCCACGAUGGGCGCCAACGGUGCUCCAUUCGGCGAGCAGAGUGCCUUGAGCCAGUCCAAUGCCCUGGAGGCAAGACAGGCUCCUCCCGCUGCUGCUCCUUCUGCUGCUCCUCCCGCCAACCCGCCUAAGGGCGACGAUAAGGGAGAUCGCAAAGGUGAUCGGGACGGCGAUAGAGAUGGAGGCCGCGGUGAUGACCGUGGUGGCAGGGACGGCAACCGCGAUGGCAGAGAUGGCGAAUGUUUCCCCGGCGCCAUCCCUCCUGGCGGUCCUCGUGGCCCUGACGGCGAUCGCGAUAAUGCUCAGAAGACAAACUAA